AUGUACCUUCUAAGAUCUUCCCUAAACCAGCGUGUUGGCCGCCUGGGUACAAGAUGCCGGAAACAGGCAAUUGGAAGCUAUUGCUUGAUGCCAUGCUGGAAGGGUUAUACACAAAAACGUUGUCUCUACCUAGACAGCUUUCUGCAAGGAAAUUCUGCAGAUUAUAUGGACGAGAUAUAUGCGGAAUGGCGGAAGGACCCUGCUUCAGUUGAUGCCUCAUGGAAAAAAUACUUCGAGGCAAUAGAAGCCGGGAAGCAGCCACCUGAGCAUUUACUCCAACCUCCCCAGCAUGUAUCGUUUGAAUGGGGUCCGGGACAAUCGCCAAUGCUUCCAGGCCUAAAUUUUUCCGCAAAGAUUUCACACAUUCCCUCAACAGCAGGUGACCAUCAAGCCAGAAUCCAGCGGCUUGUUCGAGCGUUCCAAGACUUUGGUCACCAGAUAGCAAAGACCAACCCCUUGGAUCUACCAGAUAAAGCACCGUCACCACCAGAACUCCGACUGGACUUUUACGGCUUUACUGAGAAUGACUUGGACCGAGAGUUUGCACUUGGACCGCAAGUUCUUCCUUCCUUGAAGUCGGCAAACCGUCAGUACAUGACUCUUCGCGAUGUUUUUAAAGAAUGUCAAUCCAUUUAUUGCGGCUCGAUUGGUGCUGAAUAUUUGCACACCGCAACCGGUGAAGAGCGCGACUGGAUUCGCGAGCGAAUUGAAUCUCCCGAGCCAUAUCGGUUCCCGGCAGAUGAAAAGAAGAGAAUACUUGACCGGUUGGUGUGGUCUACAAAUUUUGAGAAAUUCCUCGCUGCCAAAUUCCCAAACGCAAAACGGUUUGGACUGGAGGGCGUCGAGAGCCAGCUUCCAGCAGUGAAGGCAGUGAUCGAUGCCUCCGCAGAGCAUGGUGUGCGCAAUAUCAUAUUCCCAUGCUGUCACCGUGGUAAAUUGAAUGUUUUAAGCAAUGUCACACGAAAGCCAAAUGAACUGAUUUUCAACGAAUUCUUGGGCGAAUUGAAAUCUCGACAUGGUAUUCCAGGCGAUGUGAAGUACCACCUGGGGAUGAACUAUGAGCGUGAGACACCUUCCGGUAAGAAGGUCAAUAUUUCUAUUCUCCCAAAUCCAUCCCAUUUGGAAGCCCAGAAUCCCGUUGCUCAGGGUAUGGCCCGAGCUGUGCAGCAGCAGAAUAAAGAGGACCGAGCAUCAACCAUGGUCUUUAACAGUCACACCGAUGCUGCAUUUUCCGGGCAGGGGGUUAUCUAUGAAACUUUGGGAUUAUCUGGGUUGAAGUCAUAUGAGACUGGCGGAACUAUCCAUUUGAUCGUGAACAAUCAAGUUGGAUUCACCACAGAUCCAGGGUCUGCGCGAACAUCGUCCAAUGUAUCCGACAUCGCAAAGAGUAUCAGUGCACCUGUUUUCCACGUCAAUGCAGAUGAUGUUGAAGCUGUUGUGUUUGUCUGCAAGCUCGCGGCAGAUUACCGUGCCAAAUUCGCAAAGGACUGUUUUGUCGAUAUGAUCUGUUAUCGGAAGAAUGGACACAAUGAGAUGGAUCAGCCGUCUUUUACUCAGCCUUUGAUGUAUCAGCAAAUUGUGAAUAAGGUCACCCAAUUGGAUCUCUACACCACCAAGCUAGUACAAGAAGGAGUUGUCACUCGUGAAGAAGUCACGCAGAUGGAAGCAGACGUGGUCUCGAAACUGAGCGAGAGCCUUGCAAACACCAAGAAUGCACAAACCCUCGAACGUGAGUAUCUCACAGCACCAUGGCAAGGCAUGAAAAAGCCGAAUGAAGUGUUUCGGGAAGUUUAUCCAGCCAAAUCAACCUCUAUCAGCCAAGAUCUCGUCAACACAGUGGCAAGUAAGCUGGGCGUCCCAGAGCAACCAUUUACCGUGCACAAAAGCCUGCCCAAAAUCCUCCAAAAGCGACAACAAAGCCUAACAGAUGGAAAAGAAAUUGACUGGGCCACAGCAGAGGCCCUGGCAAUGGGAAGUCUGUGUCUCGAAGGUCAUCAUGUGCGGAUUUCAGGCCAAGAUGUCGAGCGCGGCACAUUCUCCCAGCGUCACGCAGUGCUCCAUGACCAAAAUAGCGGGUCAACAUCUACUCCUCUUGACUCACUGAGUCCCACCCAGGCUCGAUUUACAGUUGGAAAUUCUUCCUUGAGUGAAUAUGGUGUCAUGGGAUUCGACUACGGAUACUCCUGCAUGCAUCCUAAUGCAUUGGUGAUGUGGGAGGCGCAAUUUGGUGAUUUUGCAAAUAACGCCCAAUGCAUAAUUGACCAAUUCGUUUCGUCUGGCGAGUCCAAAUGGUUAUUAAGAUCUGGUCUUGUAUUGUCUCUACCUCAUGGGUUUGAUGGACAAGGAUCUGAACAUUCAUCGGCUCGAAUGGAACGGUUCCUACAGUUGUGUAAUGAGGAUGCUCGCUUCUUCCCAUCACCAGAGAAAUUGGCGAGACAACAUCAGGAUGCCAAUAUUCAAGUUGUCUACAUGACCACUCCUGGAAAUAUGUUCCAUGUGCUCAGACGGCAGGUACACCGUGAGUUCAGAAAACCGCUGAUCAUGUUCUUUUCAAAAUCCCUCCUUCGAAACCCGAUGGCAAAAUCUAACAUUGGAGAUUUCAUGGGAGGCUCGAAGUUCCAACCUCUGAUCCCAGACCCAGCCCAUGGGAAAUCCAUUUCUCACCCUCCUGAUAUCAAACGAGUGAUAUUCUGCACGGGACAAGUCUACAUGGCACUGGCGAAGUAUCGUGAGGCUCAUAAUAUUGAAAAUACAGCUAUAACCCGCAUCGAACAGCUUCAUCCAUUCCCUUGGGAGCAGGUAAAAGAGAACCUUGAGCAGUACCCGAGCGCCUCGGAUGUCGUAUGGAGCCAAGAGGAAUCCCUCAAUGACGGCCCAUGGGCAUUUGCUAGAAGUCGACUUGAGACUAUCUUUGAUACGACGGAGCAACACAAGGGCCGUCGGGUACGCUUUGCGGGACGCGAAGCAACUGCUAGUGUGGCUACAGGGUUUGUCAAGGAACAUCAUGCUCAAGAAGCUGCUUUGCUGAGGGAUGCUUUUCAGUCUGUUUAA